AUGACCCUUUCCGCAGACAGUGACUGCAGUCAUGGCACCGCGCGACCAGAGCCCAAUGCCACCGCCUCCACCUCCCAACUCGCCCGUUCUGAAGCGUUGUCGGAACUGAAAGCUCGAAUCAAGGCGGGCUUGAAGACCUAUCCCGAUUUUCCAAAGAAGCUGUUGCUAAGUGGGUUGCUGGUGAAGAAAGGCAUCCUCUUCGAAGACAUCCUCCCACUAUUCGCCUCGCACUCUCUUCAUCUGGACUUGAUUCGAGCAUUCGAGCUCCAGAUCGCCGAAUCGCUCGGCCCACACAAUAUUCCUGAUGUGAUUGUCGGUCUUGACGCGAGGGGCUUCCUCUUUGGACCGACAUUAGCCUUACGAUUUGGAGCCGGCUUUGUUCCUGUCAGAAAGGCAGGCAAACUCCCUGGCAAGAUCGAAACAGCCGAUUUUCAGAAGGAAUAUGGCACCGACACCUUUGCCAUGCAGACAUCCGCUAUUCAACCUGGUCAGAAAGUCCUUGUGGUCGAUGACUUGAUCGCCACGGGCGGUUCGGCAGCGGCUGCAGGGACACUGGUCGAGAAAUGCGGAGGGCAACUGGUCGGAUUCGUCUUCAUCAUCGAACUCACUUUCCUCAACGGUCGAGACAAGCUCAAUGCUCCAGUUUUCACGCUCCUCGAGAGUCAAGAAGAAUGA